AUGGAAGAAUAACAAAAUAGAUAACAUAAAAAAAACCAAAAGCUAGAUAAAAAGAGAAACAAACUUAAAGAGAUCAAAAAAAAUAAAAAAUUACAGAAAAAAUAAUAACUUUUACUUAAACCUUAAAAAAGAUCAAACUUCUUUGCUUAAAAUGAUAAAAAAAAUAAAAAUGUUAUCGAUCGACAAAAAGUUAUUUAAACUUUUAAAUUAUUCCUUAAAAUCUAUUAAGAUGAUUUAGAUGAUUUUUUUUAACUCUUUAAAUAACUAGAUUAAGGUCAUGUUAUUGAAACUGCAGAUAUCUAAAAUCCUAAUAUUAAAACUAUUUUAGAAAAAUUCAUGAAAAAAUUGUAAUUAAAAAAUUAAGGAACUCAAUAAGCUCCAAUAUUUAAAAAAUAGUCUGACAUUAAAUUAGAACCAUUUGUCAGAAGUUUAUAUGAUGAAAUAAUCUAAAAUAUUAAUUAAUAACAAUAAUUAUAAUCUGAUUCUAGUGAUUCUUAAUCAAGCAGAAGUUAAUCACCUUAAAAAUAAUUAAAUCAAGAAUAAAACAAUCAUCAAUAAGUAUUAAAUACAGAAAAAGAAAAAAAUCUUAAAAAAUAAUAAUAAAAAGUUAAAAAAUUAAAAGAAGAAGUCUAUUAAGAUAAAAAAUAUGAUAGAAAUUCAGUUCGAAAUUCUCUCUAUGCUGAUUUUGAAAUCAAAACAAAAAAAUAAGUUUAAGAUAAUCAAAAUCUGGAUUCAUUUUUGGAAGAUUAAUUUUCUAAAGUAGAAUUGACUAAUGUAUAAUCUAAAGAAUAAAAUAUUAAAAAAAAAGUUAAAACUGAAUAAUAACCUAUAAUUGAUCUAAAUAAACAAAUUUAAGUUUAACCUGAUAAAAAAAAAUAACUAAAUUUUAUAUGUAUUUAUUUAUUUAUAAUUAUAAGAAUAAUAACUAAUUAAAAAAGAUUUCAAUAGAUAAACUAAUUUAAACUAAGAGGAUAAUUAAAAGUUUUUAAAUAAAAAUAAUUUUUUGGGAUAGAUUUAAAAUUAGUUCUUUUGA